AAAGGCAGUCCUGGGAGUAUUGGAUCAAAUGGUCUUCCUGGAUUAGCUGGUCCUUCUGGUGAAAGAGGAGGUACCGGGGCGACGGGGAACACUGGACCACCCGGGCAGCCAGGUUUUGCAGGGCAACAAGGUUCUCCUGGUAACACCGGACCAAUUGGUGCUACAGGCAUUCAAGGGAUAAAAGGACCUAUAGGUCAAAUUGGUCCACCAGGUCCAAUAGGUCCAGUUGGACCAUCGGGUCCUAUUGGGCCUGUUGGUCCUUCUGGA